AUGGGAAAAGAUGGAGGGUGGUUCGAAAAUAGACGAGACACCAUCGGUAGCCGUAGAUCCAUUUUCUCAGGACAAAGAGACACCCGGUUUGUCACUGACCUGAGAAGGGACGAACUGAAGAAGCUAACACAGAUCCUGCACAUAGACAACACAAGGACAAGACACACUGAUGAGAUUGUUAAGCGUAUGAUCCGCGAGUUGCCCAAGAAUAUGCGCCGUGAUCGCUGGUCAAGAACGAACAAGGAUUUGUGCGAUGCCCAUCAGGGCUUGAAUGCAGAUCUCAUGGCCGAUUUGUUCAAUCUUGUCCAGAGGGAGGUUGGUCACCACCUUCGCAAGUUUGACGCGUGCCCGGACUUGCUGAAGCCUCUCGAUAUAUUGAUCAUACAGAAACUACAGGCUAUACGGGGCAUGUGGGAGAAACCCGACUCCAAAGAUCAGGCUGUCUUAGAAGCAUGGAAUUAUGAGAUCAGUUGUUGUCAGGGGUGUAUGGUAGCUCGGGUUGCGAGUGGCAAGAAUGCAUUGCGCAAUCUUCGAAUUGUCCUGCUCGCUCGCACGCAGACCCGUUUGAACCAUGCCCCACGAAGACUGAUGAAAUUCGUCGACACCUGCAUUGACCUAUUCCCUGAUGAAGUGGAUGAGCUAUAUGGCAUAUCUAGUCAGUUUGCAUUCAUCCUGAAGGAUACCCGCAAAGCCUGCAGCAAGGCCUGGUCUAAAGAUCCGGCACAUGCGGAUUCCAAGCCCUCACGGCGAAGGCACACCCAUCAUGGAAAGACCGACAAAAGUGAUAAGAAUGGAAAAAGCGCACGUAGCCAUAGACCGGCUCGUGAGUAUGACCCAAGGAAGAAGUAUACCCAGCCACCACCACCAAUCACAUCGGUCCACCCCGCAGAAAGGUAUGUCCCCAAAUCUUCUUCGUCGUCGUCCCGAUGUACUGACAUUGACACGGAAGGCCACGGGAUGUAUCGUUUGACGUCAAGCCCUUCCAGGAAAGCCGCGAAAACAUCAUAUCACAUGAAGCGAGAUCGACGCUCGGACCCGAACUCGAAUCGCAUCACUAGAUUCAUGGAUCUCGCCAAUGACAACUAUCAAGGCUUAGGAAUCAGCAUGGAAAGGUGGAGUGGGAGCACUGUCUGUGGACCUCCUGUAAGCCCCUCGUCAUCUAGCACUGCAAGUACUUUCGCGGGAACUUUGGAGGAAAUCGACGAAUUGCUUGAGAUGUACAAGGGUUUGGGAACAAAUCCCUCACUAAGCAGCCUAUGUCCGGUACAUGGGAGUCGUUCCCCAUCAAUAUGUUCCACUGACAUUGAGUGGAGUGAUGAAGACCGGAGAAAGCCGGAGAGUGGUUGGCUCAACAGCAAGGACUACUUGGAAUCCGGGUGA